CCACCAUGUCUCGUCGAUACCAUCUGAUGGCAGCUUUUUUUUUUUCACUAUUUAAAACGUUACCCGUUCCAACUGCAGCCUUUGUCCAAAGUGUUUGAUAUUGGAGGCCAGCCGUUGAGUGUAGCUAACGUUAGCUGUCCUGAGGUCUGUACCUGUCCGCGCUAAGUGACACUCGGCGGACCGCUGCUGCUCAGUGGUUUAGCCGUCUGCUGAUGUGGGCACUCUGGACCACAGCCAGCUGCGACGUGACAUUAUAGGAUGGAGGGGGCCUGUUACCUGGAGACAGACCUCAGACAUCACUGCUCUAGUCGGUCAUUUAAGGGGUUCGUCAUGGCCUUGAAAAGGAGACGUGCGACGUCACCUUCUAGCAGUGUGAGUGGAGGAGAUUUUGACGAUAGCCAGACUUCGUUAGUGUCUUCAAUUGGGAGAAAGAGGAGAAGGACCUCAAACAUUCCAACUGUGGAUCCUAUUGCUGUGUGUCAUGAGCUGUAUAACACAAUUAAAGAUUACAAAGAUGAUCAGGGCAGGAUGUUGUGCGAGCUGUUCAUCAGAGCUCCCAAACGACGGAAUCAGCCAGACUAUUACCAUGUGGUGUCUCAGCCCAUUGACAUGAUGAAGAUACAGCAGAAAUUAAAGAUGGAGGAGUACGAUGACGUUGAUCAACUAACCACUGACUUUCAGCUUUUGUUCAACAAUGCAAAGACUUAUUAUAAGUCAGACAGUCCUGAGUACAGAGCAGCCUGUAAGCUGUGGGACCUCUACCUGCGAACGAAGAACGAGUUUGUUCAAAGGGGUGAAUACGAAGAUGAUGAUGAAGAUGGAUAUGAUGUACAAGAAAACCCCGGAGGUUCCACUGAAGAUGAGAGUGCAUCAGAGUGUUUGAAAGAAGUUCUCGAGCAGCUCCUUGAUGCUCUUGUGUCCUAUACUGAGCCAAGUGGUCGGCUGGUCAGCGAGCUCUUCCAGAAGCUUCCAUCCAAAAUGCAAUAUCCAGAUUACUACGCCGUAAUAAAAGAACCAAUAGAUCUGAAAAUCAUCGCCCAGAAAAUCCAGCUGGGCAAUUACCGAAGUGUUAGUGCCAUGGCUAAAGAUGUAGACCUGAUGGUGAAGAACGCCAAAACUUACAAUGAACCCGGCUCACAGGUUUUUAAGGAUGCUAACACUAUCAAAAAGGUUUUUGCACAAAAGAAGUCCGAGAUGGAACAUGGGGAGCCAAUCAAGUCCAGUAUUCGCAUCAGGAAUAAAAGGUCUGUCCAAGGAGACCGCCUCUCAGCUAUUACUAUGGCUCUUCAGUAUGAAAGCGAUGAGGAGGGUAUACUUUCUGGGACUGUCCACUAUGAUGAGGGCGAAUCUGAAGCAGAGAGUAUGACAUCGAACAUUGACAUGAGCAAUCCCAUCUUCCAGCUUUAUGAAGCUGUGCGAGGAGCCAGGAACAGUCAGGGCCAGCUGAUCUCUGAACCCUUCCUACAGCUGCCUUCCAGGAAAGACUACCCCGACUAUUACCAGCAGAUCAGUCAACCGGUCUGUCUGCAUCAGAUCAAGAACAAGAUGAAGAACAUCGAGUACGAGAGCGUUGAGCAUAUUGACUCAGAUCUGACGCUGAUGUUUGAGAAUGCCAAGCGCUACAAUGUUCCCCACUCCCCCAUUUACAAGCGUGCUCUCAAGCUUCAGCACAUCCAGCAGAUGAAGAGAAAGGAGCUUUUACAGAGACCAGAUGAUGAUGGCGACAGCAUGCUCUCCUCUGCCACAUCUGACACCAGCAGCACUAAAAGAAAAAGCCACAAGAAGAAUACAAAGAAAAAUCGAAUGAAAGCUCUCCUAGUCUCUGUUACUGAGGCCCGAGAAGCUGGCAGCGGCCGUAGACUCUGUGACCUCUUCAUGGUGAAGCCAUCUAAGAAGGACUACCCUGAUUACUACAAAGUUAUCCUGGAACCAAUGGACCUCAGGACUAUUGACUACAACAUCCGUUCAGACAAGUACAUGACUGAGGAUGCAAUGGUGAGGGAUAUGAAGCUGAUGUUCCGCAAUGCGAGACAUUAUAAUGAAGAAGGCUCCCAGGUCUACAACGAUGCAGACAUUCUUGAGAAGAUAAUGGAAGACAGACGCAGAGAUCUUGGACCAGCAACCGAUGAUGAUGAUAUUAUGUCUCCAAAAUUAAAAAUAAGAAAGAACAGCCUCUCUCUGAAAAAGUCCAAGUAUCUGACACCUUUACAGCAGAAACUAAACGAGCUUUAUGAAGCUGUAAAGAACUACACAGAUAAGCGAGGCCGCCGCCUCAGCACAAUCUUCCUGCGGCUUCCAUCUCGUGCCGAGCUGCCUGAUUACUACAUCGCCAUCAAGAAACCUGUAGAUAUGGAGAAGAUAAAGAGCCACAUGCUGGCUAACAAGUACCAGGACGUUGACGCCCUGGUUGAAGACUUGGUGCUCAUGUUCAACAAUGCCUGCACUUACAAUGAGCCGGAGUCUCUGAUUUACCGCGACGCUCUGUUGCUGCACAAAGUGCUUUUAGAGACAAGACGGGAACUGGAAGGAGGAGAGGACAAUCACGUGCCCGAUGUGCCCCGCCUCAUCCAGGAACUCAUCCGGAGUCUUUUCGUGUCUGUUCUCGGUCACCAAGAUGAUGAAGGGCGCUGCUACAGCGAUUCACUUGCAGAGAUUCCUGCCGCAGAUCCCGUUAACCCAGAGAAGCCAUCGCUCAAUUUUGAGAUCAUCAGGAAAAAUGUGGAAAGGGGCCGUUACAAGAGGUUGGAUGUAUUUCAGGACCACAUGUUUGAAGUUCUGGAAAAGGCCAGACGGUUAAAUAGGACCGACUCUGAGAUCUUUGAAGAUGCAGUGGAGCUGCAGCAGUUUUUUAUUCGUAUCAGAGAUGAGCUGUGUAAAAACGGAGAGAUCCUAAUGUCCCCCGCUCUCAGCUACACUUCUAAGCACUUGCAUAGCGAUGUGGAAAAGGAGAAGAAGGAAAAGUUUCCAAAAGAGAUUGAGGAGGACAAAAUCAAGAGAGAAGAGGAGAAAAGGGAGGCAGAGAAGAGAGAAGACACUGUUGGAGGCUCUUGGCAGGUUCAGCGUACCUACAGUCAGGACUGCAGCUUCAAGGACAGUAUGUACCAUGUGGGAGACUAUGUUUAUGUGGAACCUGCAGAGCCCAACCUACAGCCACAUAUAAUUUACAUUGAACGCCUUUGGGAGGAUGACACUGGGGAGAAGUGGCUGUACGGCUGCUGGUUCUACAGGCCAAAUGAAACAUUUCAUCUCGCAACAAGAAAAUUCUUGGAGAAAGAAGUUUUUAAGAGCGACUAUUACAACAAAGCUCCCAUCAGCAAGAUACUAGGGAAGUGUGUGGUUAUGUUUGUGAAGGAGUACUUCAAGCUUUACCCUGAUGGAUUCAGGCCAGAGGAUGUCUACGUCUGUGAGUCUCGCUACUCUGCCAAGUCAAAGUCCUUCAAAAAGAUCAAGAUGUGGGCCAUGCCCCUCAGUUCGGUUCGAUUUGUUCCCAGAGACGUACCCCUGCCUGUAGUCCGAGUGGCUUCUAUGUUUGUCAACAAACAAGAUGACAAACCACCAGAGGUUGUAGAUGAAAGCAAAACGACUAAUGGGAUUAUAGACAAAGAGAGAGAGGAUGUUCCGCUGGAAAUGACCAACGGAGAACCAGGCUGUCAGUACUAUGAGCAACUGUGUUACAACAACCUGUGGCUAAAGGUGGGAGACUGUGUGUACAUUGCUUCUCAUGGACUGGUGCGCCACCGAGUGGGCAGAAUUGAGAAAAUGUGGAUGCGAGAUGAAGCAGGCUACUUCUUUGGUCCCAUCUUUAUACAUCCUGAAGAGACAGGGCAUGAACCAACUAAAAUGUUCUACAAGAAGGAAAUGUUCCUGAGCAACUUGGAGGAGGCUUGUCCCAUGACCUGCAUCAUAGGAAAGUGCAUUGUGGCGUCCUUCAAAGAAUACUUGUCAUGUCGGCCCACUGAAGUGCCUGAAGAGAACGUUCUUCUGUGUGAGAGUCGCUACAUUGAGAGUGAAAAGCAGAUGAAGAAGUUCAAGGGUUUGAAGCGUUUUUCCCUCUCUGGGAAGGUGGUAGAAGAUGAAAUCUACUAUUUCAGGAAACUCAUAGUUCCCCAGAAAGAACCAUCACCUCUGCUGGACAGGAAAAUCGAGGAACUUGAGGCUAAGUUUGCUGACAUGACAGACGAAGAGCUAGAAGAUCUUGGGGAUGAUGAUGGCGAGCUGGGGGAUCAUUCCCUUCCUCAGAUGCAGUCCUCUAUGACUAGUGACAUGGAUAUCAUGUCAUACACCCCUCCACAGUCAACUCCUAAAUCCAUGAAGGGGCUUGCAAAGAAAGAGGCUUCGAAGCGGAAGAUCAACAUGAGUGGUUACAUCCUGUUCAGCAGUGAGAUGCGAGCAGUCAUCAAAGCCCAACACCCAGAUUUCUCCUUUGGGGAUUUGAGUCGUCUUGUUGGCACAGAGUGGAGGAACCUGGAGAGCUCCAGGAAAGCAGAGUAUGAAGAGCGAGCAGCCAAAGUCGCCGAACAACAGGAGCGUGAUAGGGGCCAUCAUCAGACGUCCCCAAGAGCAGGUACCCCCGUAGGGGCACUGAUGGGGGUAGUACCUCCCCCAGCCCCCAUGGGGAUGCUAAAUCCCGGCAUGACGCCUGUGUCAGGUAUGAUGGGUGUAUAUAGGACAGCUAUGAUGGACCGUGUUGAAGGCAUGGUUAGUAUGGCUGAUAUACCACCACAUCACAUGGGGAUGCCUGUCUUUCCCCAACAUGUCCUGCCCGUUAUGGCUGGGUUCCCUGGAAUGCCAUCCUUUGGUGUUAAUGGCACGGGAAUUGGAGCGGCAGCGGGGAACAUGCAUGGAUCACAGGUGGGUUUGAUUGGCUCAGGACAGCAGGCUUCUCCUCCAUACCCAGGACAAAGCCAUCUAGGACAACCAGCACUCCACCAGCCCUCCACACCGGUGUUUGUGUCUCCUCCUGCCAAAUCUAAGCGGCUGCUGCACUCAGAGGCAUACCUCAGAUACAUCGAGGGCCUCAGUGCAGAAUCUUCCACAAUCAGCAAAUGGGACCAUGCUCUCACAGUGAAAAAACAAGAUGUGCGCCUAACAAAGGAGCAAGAAAGCAGACUACCGUCCCACUGGUUGAAGAGCAAGGGGGCCCACAAGACCAUGGCAGAUGCACUUUGGCGGCUUCGUGACCUGAUGCUGCGAGACACCCUUAACAUCCGUCAGACGCACAACCUGUAGCAUGUGGAUAUUGUGAGCCUCUGUGCCCAAAACUGUUUAACAGGAAGAGGUUUAAGCUCAUUAAAUGUCUUACUUUAUGUUAUAAGAUAAGUAAUGUUUGUGUUCAUAUCAGGUGCUUUCUUUGUUGAAGCUGCCUUUUGUUUUUCCAUUACAUAUUUCAUUUCAUUCAAAGUAUAUUAUGAAGACUGUUCAUCUGUGAUGAAGGUUGUCAUGUCAUGAUUUCACAAUAAAAAAUGUGAAGCGUUCA